AUGGAGUUUACUGGUUCUCCCACAUCUCCUCCUCCAUCAACCUCCACUGCCUCCCUCUCCUCCUCAUUUUACUCUCCUCCUCCGCCGCCUCCUCCGCCUCGUCCAUCUCGUCCGCCUCCUCCUGCUCUGCAAUCCUCUCCUCCUCUCUCUGUGCUGGUGUCUGUUCCCUCCAUAUUUGGGCUGCUGCUGGUUCUACUGGUUGUACUGGUGAAAAGACGUGUCCGGAAGAAACCUGAAGACAGAGAUCCUGCAGCAGCUCCUACCUCCUCGUCAGUGAGAAGAACAUCAGCAGACGGCCGACACGGAUCGAUCAGGAGAAGAGAUGUUUCAUUAGAGACAACAGUCAUCUACUCCUCACUGAAGCUGACUGACACACCUUCACCACAGCUCAGAUUCAAAAGUAACAUUUUUUCUUCACCUGAAGAAGACAAAGAAGAAGAAGACGUCUCUCAAACCAGCUGCAGUCACAGUCUUAAACAUAUUAAUAGGGAAUUGGCAAUGGCUGCACUGAACACAUACUUUAAGAAGAGGGAGAAAUAAAGGAGGACAUAAAGGAGUGGAGGAAGGCGCACACAGGUGGACUACAUCUUAUGCUGAGGGUAUAAUCUGAAAGAGAUGGUAAGGUGGUGUCAGGGAGAAGGUAGCUAGGCAACAUGAGAUGGUAGUGUGUGUGAUGACUUUGGACAAUAACAGGAGGAAGUGAGUGAGAGCAAAGGCAAGGAUUAAAUGGCGGAAGCUGAAGGAGUCAGUCUGAUGUAAAUUUGGUGUAAAAUCUUGUGAUAAAUAAAAAAACAUACACAGGUUUGAAGGGAACCACCACUGAAUUCAAUGUUUUCCUGUUACAGACACAGAAUGGCUGUUACAGUUACAAAAACGUUAAGUGAAAGUUUACUCUUAAUUUACUUGUUCUUUCUGUAAUUUUAAAUGUGACAUAUAAUUGAAUAAACAAUAUCAAAGUGUUUCUCAUUUAUGUAUAUUCUCCUGUAACAUAAUUUAUUCUGAUGCCUGCAGCACUGUCACAUGUAUGGGAUAUACACAUUAUAAAUAAUUACAAAAGGCAAAGUAAUAUUUAUAUUUGCUGUUGAAUCACUCACGUUACACACUGUCACAGACACAAAACCAUUCAGCUUCACAUGUACAUUAUAAAUUACAGUCCAUUGAUCUUCAUGCAUAUUUGGCCCAAGUAAUACAUUCAUGUAUGAUUUAAAUAUUUAGAUAAUAAUCCAUUUAUAUAAUAAACUAUUCUCAGUAAUCACAAGCCCUUUAAACAAUAUAAACACAAAUCUAAAUGCUCAAUAAAUAAAUAAAUUGGCAUAGACGUAAGAAAAAUACAUUUCACACAUAGUGAAACAGUGAAUUGUAGAGAGGAUGGUGAUUUUAAAUAACUGGAAGAUAUAAAUUAAAAGGGAUGAGUUAUUCAAACUUUCCUCCCUCCAUGGUUUAUAUAUUCCAGCUGUGGCCACGCCUCUUUCAUAUGU